AUGCUUCUCACGUCUCUCCUCUUCCCGCUUCUAGCGUUGGGAAGUGCCCUUCCAGACAAGCCAAACACAGACGUUUCUACGUUCACCAACCCAGUUCUUCCAGGAUGGCACUCUGAUCCUUCGUGCAUCCAAAAAGACGGCAUCUUUCUUUGCGUCACGUCAACCUUCAUCUCUUUCCCCGGUCUUCCCGUCUAUGCGUCCAAAGACUUGGUCAACUGGCGUCUCAUUAGCCAUGUCUGGAACCGCGAGAAACAGCUUCCCGGCAUCAGCUGGAAGACAGUCGGACAACAACAGGGCAUGUACGCACCAACAAUCCGAUACCACAAGGGUGAAUACUACGUUAUCUGCGAGUAUCUCGGUGUUGGGGAUAUUAUCGGUGUCAUUUUCAAGACCAAGGACCCUUGGAACGAGGCCAGCUGGAGUGAUCCCGUGACAUUCAAGCCAACCCAUAUCGAUCCCGAUCUGUUUUGGGAUGACGACGGAAAGGUCUACUCAGCAACUCAUGGGAUUACACUUCAAGAACUCAACCUUGAAACUGGAGCGCUUACUCCAGAAUUGAACAUCUGGAAUGGUACAGGCGGUGUCUGGCCUGAAGGACCACAUAUCUACAAGCGCGAUGGCUACUACUAUCUCAUGAUUGCAGAAGGUGGAACAGCAGAAGACCACGCCAUCACAAUCGCGCGCGCAAAGAAAAUCACCGGUCCAUAUGAAGCCUACAAGAACAACCCCAUCCUGACGAACCGCGGAACAGACGAGUACUUCCAGACUGUCGGCCAUGGAGACUUGUUCCAGGACACCAAGGGAGACUGGUGGGGUCUUUGCUUAGCUACUAGGAUCACACAGCGAGGUGUUUCUCCCAUGGGUCGCGAAGCUGUUCUUUUCAACGCGACUUGGAACAAGGGCGAGUGGCCUGUUCUUCAGCCUGUGCGAGGCCGUAUGCCAGGAAACCUUCUUCCAAAGCCUACACGAAAUGUCCCUGGAAAUGGACCGUUCAAUGGUGAUCCGGAUAACUACGACUUGAAGAAGACUAGCAAGAUUCCUCCACACUUUGUUCACCAUCGUGUACCUAGAGAGGGCACUUUCAGUCUCUCACCCAAGGGCAUGAAGAUUAUUCCUAGCAGAAACAAUGUCACUGGAGUGAUCGGAGGCAAUGAGAUCGAACUAUCAGGACAGCGUGGAGUGGCCUUUAUCGGUCGUCGCCAAACACACACGUUGUUCAAGUUCAGCAUCGACGUUGACUUUAAACCCAAGAAUGAGGAUCAGGAAGCAGGUAUCACUGUCUUCCGCACACAAGUCGACCACAUCGAUCUCGGUAUCAUCCGGAACAAGAAGUCCGAACUUUCAUUCCGUUUCCGUGCCACUGGUCCAAGCCCACCCGCCCCUAAGACAGUUCCUGUUCCCAAGGGUUGGGAGAGUGGAUCGAUCCGUCUUUUCAUCGAAACCGCCAAUGCGACUCACUACAAUCUCGGAGCGGAGCACAAUGGCAAGAAGGUUAAUGUUGCGGCCGCCGAGGCGAGACUCGUUAGUUUCGGUGCUGGUCAGUUUGUGGGAAGUCUGUUGGGUGCCUAUGCGACUUGCAACGGCCAAGGUAAGGGACUUGAGUGUCCUAGUGGAGGAGAGGCGUAUGUGCAACAGUGGAAGUAUGAAGGAAAGGCGCAGGAGAUCGAUCAUGGAGUUUUUGUGAAGGCGUAG